AAGGUUGGGACACACAUAACCGCACCGCGCCCGACACGUGAGUCGGCCGAUUGUUGGCCGUCACACGGUGAAACAAUUGCUGCGCAGUAUUUAACCUGCAAGUUCAGACACGUCCGCACCGACACCAGACCGUCGUGGCCGCACCGUGGCCGCACCGUCACCGAUAGUUCAGGUUUGAAUUUUGACGGGCACGGUGCGGUCUGAGAGAUCUCUUUUGAGCGGCAUCAGCCAUGGAUGUGGAGAAACUUAUUGAAGAAAUAAGGAAGUUUCCUGUAGUUUAUGACCAGUCGAAUGACAAAUAUCGGAAUACAGAAUACAAGGAGAAAGUGUGGAAGAAAAUUGCUGACAAUUUGGAGCUUGGAGAGGGUGGAGUAGAAGAAUGCAAAAGAAAGUGGAGCUCUAUUCGAGACCAGCUUCGUAGGACACUACAAAAAAGAAAGACCAAAUCUGGACAGGCAAGUGUUGCAUUCCGGAAGUAUAAAUACGAAGAUAUUCUUUCAUUCCUGGUACCUUUUCUUGGAGAACGAGAAGGAAUCACCAAUGUGUUCUCACAACAAAAUGAGGAGGAAGUAAAUGAGCAGGAGCUUGUUGAAGAAAAAAACCUUGAAGAAAAUACUCAUGAACAACCAACAAGUGAAGAUGAAAACACUAAUAUCGCCAAAACACCAUCAUCAAGUACUGCAUUGGAAGAUAACAAGUUCAUUAAACCAAAACCGAUAAAACGGAAAAUGGCAGGUUUUCAAGAAAGUGGAAAGUCUAUUCACUACGAAUCUCCAUCUAGUCAGCUUAUGGCCUUCAUACUAGCUGAGAAAGCAGCUGAGAAAAGGGCUCCUCAACAACUAGAACAAACAUCCAGUUAG